ACGGGAGUGUUCAAUUUUAGGGAAUACAAAAAUUUGUAAAAAAAAAUUGCGACGAAAAGGAAAAAAAAAAAGGUAUACGUAUUACCGUACGAGAAUCAAUUUGUUAAUUCUUCAAUAAAACGUAAAAGGAAAGAAUAUAUCCGCGCAACGAAAGGAUUUUUUUUUUUCUUCAAAGCAGCAGUUUGGAUAAAGCAAAGCUGUGAACAUUUCGCAAGCCAAAAAGAGGAGCAACAAGCCGUUUUUACGUACGUUUAUUAUAACAAACCAAACCCAUCAUUUACAACCUUUCGAAUCACUAAGCCAAACACAAUGGGUCGCAUGUACGGUAAGGGAAAAGGUAUUUCCAGCUCCACCAUUCCAUACAAAAGGAAACAACCAAGCUGGUUGAAACAGAAGCCAUCUGAAAUUGAAGAUGCGAUAAUUAAAUUGGCCAAGAAGGGACAAACUCCAUCCCAAAUUGGUGCUACAUUAAGAGACAAUUAUGGAAUUCCCCAAGUGAAGGCCGUUACAGGAAAUAAAAUCCUCAGAAUAUUAAGAGCCCAUGGAGUUGCCACGACCAUUCCAGAGGAUUUGUACUUUUUAAUAAAGAAGGCCGUGUCCAUGAGAAAGCAUCUUGAAAAAAACAAAAAGGAUAAGGAUUGUAAGUUCAGAUUAAUUUUAACUGAAUCUAAGAUUCACAGAAUUUCGCGAUACUACAAAAGAAAAAAGUUGUUGCCAUCCAACUGGAAGUACCAGUCCAGCACGGCUAGCGCACUGAUUGCAUAGACUUAGCUUAGCCAAGCGAGAAGUGCGGCGUGCAUGUGAGUAAGCGGCAAGAUUGGACGAAAUGGGCAACCCUGUGAACAAGUAAGCCAAAAGGAAUGGACGAAAGCGGCUGCCUGUAGAUAGAUAUACAAAUGUACACACCCCCGCUUACACCUGCGAACGCCGGAACUUUUUUCAUUGCUCCCCAUUUUUUUCCUCACCAUUUUUAAUGUGUAUUAAAAACUUCAGCAAAACUUCUGUUCAAAUUUUUAAUAAAAAAAAGAAAAUUAACCCUUUUAUUGCGCAACGCAUAA